CUAUGAAAAGCCCUUCUGCCACUGCUAGUACCCCGACUUCAAGCUCUCCUGAGGGUGCCAGGCUGUACCAUGAGGCCUUCCCAGCCCAGUACCACUUCACCCUGAACGAGCCUGACGUGUGCCAGAGGCAGAGGCCGUUCCUGGUUCUCAUGGUUCCAGUCCACCCUGGCAAUGCGAGGGCCAGAGAGGUGAUCCGGAGCACGUGGGGGAACGAGACCCUGGUGCAAGGCAAGGUGGUCACCACCCUCUUCGUCUUGGGGGCGCUGCACUCGGACGCGGUCCUGCAGGAGAAGGUGCGCAUCGAGAGCGAGAGGCACCGCGACAUCCUCCAGAGUGACUUCAUCGACUCCUACCUCAAUCUGACCAUCAAGACCAUGGUGAUCAUGGACUGGCUGGCCAGCUACUGCCCUGGCGCGUCCUACGCCAUGAAGAUCGACUCGGACAUGUUCCUCAACAUGGAGAACCUCAUGAAGCUGCUGCUGAUGCCUCAAACGCCCAAACAGAACUACAUCACGGGCAAGGUAUUGUGGAACAUACCAGUUAUCCGCAACCCCCAAUCCAAAUGGUAUGUCCCCGAGACACUGUACCCCGAGUCCACUUAUCCCACCUACCUGCUGGGGAUGGGCUACCUCUUCUCCAACGACCUCCCGGAGAAGCUGGUGCAGGUCUCCAAGGACAUCAAGCCUUUUAACAUCGAGGAUGCUUACAUAGGCAUGUGCCUGAAACACCUGGGGAUAGACCCAUCCACGCCCCCUGACCCCUCGCAGUUCAAAUCCUACGCAUCUGGGCCCUUCAAGCGCUGUGACUACGUCAAGGUCAUAACCACAAUCCUGGGCAAUGCCAACCAGCUGCUGCAGUACUGGCAGGACUUUAAGAAGGGCGGACCUCCCUGCUGAAGAGGGGAUUGGCUGCAUGCCGAGCGUGGCAGUGAGUGACUCUCAUUAGACUGUCUACCUUUUGUAAAAUGUUGUUAUGUAUUUUUUGUAAAGUAAGAUGUUUUAUGGGAUCAUGUGAGUUUGAAAGACGAU